AUGGCGGGCCGCACGGUGCGGGUGCAGGGCUUCCCCGCCGAGCUGCCCCCCGACAGGGCGGCCGACAAGCUGACCAUUCACUUCCUGCGCUCCCGCAACGGCGGCGGCGACAUCGCCAACGUCCGGGUGCUGCCCGGCUCCCUGCCCUGCGCCCUCAUCACCUUCGAGGCGCCGGAAGUGGCCCAGAGGAUCCUGCAGGUGAAGAACCACGUGCUGGCAAUUGGGAAGACACAGUACCCGCUGGAGGUGACGCCCCAUGCUUCAGAGCUGAGCCCCAAUGAGAUCUUCAUACACGUGAGCAUGACAAUUGACUAUGGCAAGCUGCCCACGGGCAAAACCCUCCUGAAGGACUUGCACAAAGAGUACAGCAAUAUACACUUCAGCUUCGACUCAAAGAAUAUGCAGUGCAUAGUCCAAGGGCCAUUCACCGAGCUGCAGACCUUCAGCAGAGACCUGCUGGGCAGCCUGAACCUCAAGAACCAAGCCACUGGCCAGAUCCUCCUGCCAGCUUCCAGCUGUGGGGCCAAAGAGAUGGGAAUGCCUGAUCAGCAGCAAGUGCCUGACUCCACUGAGUCAGCACAAGAGGCAGCAAAGCUGCCAGACUGUGACCAGGUGCAGGAAAUGGCAGCUCAAGUCCCAUCACCUCAGAGCCCAGUGGGUGAGGAAGCCGUGGAACUUUUGGGGAAGCUGGAGGACUUUUCCCUCGCCAUGGACUCGGACAUUUACUUGUACAUGCAGAGGUUCUGUGCUGCUGAGUACCAGGGUGUGCUGCACCAGCAUCACGUGGAUGUGGUGGAUGUCAGUGGCGAUGGCAUUGCUGUGUUGUACCUCCAGCCGUCUGGAGCUGUGUCUGGGGACACAGAUGCCUUGAGACAGGCCCAGCUGGCCCUGCAGCAGCUCUACCAGCAGCUGGAGGCGAGCCUGCGCAAGGAGAAGAUUGCUAAGAAAGGGCUGGGGAUGGACAGCCAGGCAGUCAGGGCUCUGACACGUGAGCUGCAGGAGCUGUAUCCCCAGCUGCUCUGCCAUGAGGAUGUGAAGCAGCUUUAUCUCGUUGGAAACCUUGUUGAUGUGUGCAAGGCCAAGCAGUUCCUUGAGGAUUCUGUCACCAGGAGGAGUGCUGCACACACGGUUGACACGCUGAGCAGCUCCCAGCCCUCUGGCACCACAGAGGCUGCGCUACUGGCCAAACCUCCUGUGCAUCCUUCAGCCACAAGACUUAGCCCAAGCAAGCAGGAGCAGAAAGGUGAGUUCAAGCUAGCUGCCAACUUCAGCACCCUGAAAGCUGACAGGUCUCAGGCUGGCCAGGACUUCUUGGUGAAUCAGGACUCUCCACCAGUGGAACAGGUGCAGCUUUCUGGGAAACAUUCAUCGGAGACAGAUGCUCCUGGUCAGAGUGACCCAAGAGCACUGAGCCAGCAGUAUCAGCCUCCCACCCCUAUGGCAGAUAAAGUUGUGGGGUCAGCACAGCCUCCCAGCCCUAUGGCAGAUAAAGUUGUGGGGUCAGCAGCAAAGCCUCAGCAGUAUGACCCCACAGAAGGGGGCCAUGUGGAAGGAGGUGCCAGACUCACAGGAGAAAAGGUGCUGGUGCCUGUUGCAGGCAAAGAAAACAGCACUUUUCAGCAUCCUGAGGACUCUAAAGGCUCAGGUCCCUUUGGGCGCCACUCCCUUGCUGGCAUCUACAGCAACUGUGAUGUGACAUGGACCUCUUUUGCUCUAGGCUGCAAACCCUCAGCAUCCAGCCCUGCGCUGAGACGGUCCAACAGCUUCUCCCUAUCAAGGUCAAAGGAAAGCAGCAGCUCUGGAGACAUCAGCAGGGUGUGUGAGGAGAUGAGCCUGGACACUCUGCAGUGGUUUUACCUGAAAGAUGUCUGCCAUGCUGCUAUUGAUGAGCUGUGCAGGGCUGGAGGGGUGCACAUCUCGGAGCGCCACGCUGGGGACUGCACGGUGCUGAUGCUGCAGGCAGAAGACAGGAGAAGGCUGCUCCAGGCUAAAUGGAAGGUGGAAGAUCUUGUGCAGAAGUGCCCUGACUUGGUGUGUCAGAGUGUGAGCUACUCAGAGCUUGCUGUCAGUGGUCCAGAUGACAGUGACCUGAGUGAACUGUGCAGCCUCUUGCGAGGAAAAUCCUUCCAGGUUGGACUCAGCAAAGACAAGUACAAGCUCUAUCUUGCCUGCCCCAAGGAGAUGCUGCCAGGAGUGAGUGAGGCCUUCCACAUGUUUUCCUCCAGGAGGCUCUGUGCCAUGAAGUCUUCAUCCCUCUCUCCUGGACCAGACAGUACAGGGAAAUGGAGUGUCAUCCAGCCAAGCAGAAGCCAGCACCCAGUGCUGGAUGUAGCCCUUCCUGGCAGCCUGAAUUCCCCACAUCACCUGAACAUCAUCAAUAAAACAGACUCUCCACAUGUGCUCAGGGCUUCCUGGCUGCCAGAGGCUGAGGAAAAGGGGUGCCCCAGUCCUUGGAGGUACCAGCAGGCUUGGGGGCAGGAGGAGGCCGGGGGCUAUGUUGAUUCUGGGGCUGGCAGACAAGGAAGCAGCCUUCUGAGCCUUGGGACAGGGGAUAAGCCAAGCUCUCCUGGCCUCAGGGAGUUCCAGGAACAGCACAAGACAAAACUGACCCUGGGGGAGCCUGACAGCCCCCGGCUGAAACAAGUCUUGCCAGACAGAUUCCAGUUUGCAAGAGACAAGAGCAGAGGAGGCCACAAUGAAGCAAUGGGACAGCAGCACUGUCCAGUCCCUGCAGCUGAUGAAGCUCCUCACUCUCUGCCCACUUGGCUACCCAGGCCUGUGGCUGCUGAGCCACCACCAGCUGUGGCCCAACAGGCACCUGCAGCAGAGCCCACAGAUCAGGGAAGGGCCCAGCUCCCCGGGGGGAGGAGCAGUGAGCAGGAGGAGCCUGAGCUCCCAUCACAGCAGAGAAGAGACCCCAGCCUUGGACAGGAAAGCAUCACCAUCCCUCUGGAGCAGUGUGAUGCUUGCCAGGGCUCAGGUGUGACCUGCCAGGGCUCCUGUGGUCACGCCUUGUGCAGGACAUGUUUUGCAGCAGACAGGAUGCAGGCAGCUUGCUGUGACUCCUCCUCAGAUAUCCUAAGCUGCAAUAUCCUGGGAACACUGAAGAUCUCCUCCCUGUGUCAGAGCCUGCCUGGAUUCUUUGGAGAGUCAACACUUCAGCUUGCUUACAACAUCCCUGAUGGAGUGCGGGGGGUUGGAAACCCUCGCCCAGGACACCCUUACAAAGGGGGGAAUUUUUUUGCCUUCCUGCCUGAAAACCCAGAAGGGGUGAAGAUAGCAAUGCUGCUGAAGAGAGCAUUUGAAUGUGGGCUGACAUUCCAGAUCAAGUCCUGCAAUGGAGAGGAAAGAGUAAUGUGGGGCCCUAUCCCCCACAAAACCUCCUGGGAUGGAGGCAAAGCCAGGAAUGGCUACCCAGAUGCCCGGUACCUCCAUGAGGUUGGCACAGUCCUCAAUAAACUGGGCCUUGUGUGAUUCUCCCACAGCCACAGCCUGUGCCUUCCCUUCACCUUCUUUUCCUGCUGAGAACACUGCAGCUUCACAGAGACAGCUCAGGAAGGAGCAGGUGUUUGUUGAAAGAGCUCCUGCUUUCCCUACAUGUAGCCAGAACUCUGCACGUUAGCAAAGAGCAGCACCUCUGUCCCUGCCCCAUGCAGCCUCAGCAUGGAUCAGUGCUUCCCAGAAACUCCAGCUCCUCUUGGAUGCAUGUCCUGAAAUCACAGAGCUGAUUGCAGCCUGAGCCUUGUCUGGCUUCCAGCAGCAGACACAAACCUGAGCAGGAGUUUGCAUCUCAU